AUGCCUCUCUUCAAGGCUCUCCUUCACCCCUCGCCAAAGGAAGAGAAGCGGAGGCACAAGAGGAGGCUGGUGCAGAGCCCCAACUCCUACUUCAUGGACGUCAAGUGCCCAGGAUACUAUAAAAUCACCACCGUUUUCAGCCAUGCACAGACGGUAGUUUUGUGUGUGGGUUGUUCCACUGUCCUCUGCCAGCCUACAGGAAGAAAAGCAAGGCUGAUAGAAGGAGGCUCCUUCAGACGGAAGAAGCUCUAAAAUCUCUCUGAAUCAAGAUGAAUGAGAAAUCAUUCCAAUAAACACAUUUUGGAUUUAAAAAAAAAGUAAAA